AUGGAGAUUGCAGGACUUGCUAUUGGUGUGGUACCUCUCAUCGCAGAGGCAGUGAAGAGCUACAAGUCUACCAAGGUUUUCAUCAUGUCUUUCAAACACUUUCGCAAGCACAUGCAAAAGAUCAUCGACAUUCUGGAUCGGCAGGAGUUCAAAUUUCGGAAAGCAAUUGAAUGCGUCCUCCUUCAGUGUGUCGAUCAACAACUAGCUAGAGAGAUGCUUCAAGACCCGGGACACUCGUGCUGGCUCGACAAAGUGGUAACUGACGCAUAUCUGGCGUUCCUGGGCCCUGACCAUGACGGCUUCAGCAGGGCGGCGUGCUCAACUUGUGACAGCCUGGAGGAUAUAGGAAGAGCACUUCGAAUCCUGGCGGAGACGACGGGAAGGGGCAUGAAUAUUGUGACGGCGAAAGCCCACUUCGCGAUAGAACGAUCGAGCAUUGAAGCCCGCAUCGGCAAUUUGAGACAACAGGUGGACGAAUUUGUUGGGAUAACGAACAUGUUGGUGACAGCAUCACAUCCAGUCGAGCUGGUAACAACAGCGCCACGCAUCAUCUCGAACCUGAAACGAGAAGUUCAACGAUUCGUCAUUGUCAAGAAGACUGCGGAAGACCUUCAUACUGCCCUCAUCACUCGAACACCCACGGCUCUACGGCCCAAGGAGACCGCCAGUGGGUCACAGUUGAGUCAUCUAUAG